CAGGCUAUUCCUUUUUGCAAGGUUGAUUGCUAAACCCAGCCUCCUCCCUUGCUCUGAGGAUCUGCCAGUUUCAGGCUGGAGGGCCAGCUCCAGCUUCCUUGUUGCUGAAACCCUGCUGUGCAGAAGCCCCAUAUAAGGUGACGGCCAUGUUCUUGUUUCCACCAUUCUUUCUCCUUCUUCUGAGUCUGGUGACAUCAGAAACUGUAACCAAUGAGGAAGUUCAAAAGACCUGCCCUGUGAUGGCCUGUAUUCCUCCAGGCAUGAAUGGUUUCCCAGGCAAAGAUGGACGUGAUGGAGCCAAGGGAGAAAAGGGAGAACCAGGUCAAGGGCUCAGAGGCUUGCAGGGCCCACCUGGAAAGUUAGGACCUGCAGGCCUCCCAGGGCCCCCUGGAUCAAAAGGAGCAGUGGGCGAAAAGGGAGAUCGUGGAAUAUGUCCAGAAUGUGAUGCUAGCAUACCUGCUUCAGAAAGAGCAGCUCUCAAAGCAGAAUUGGAAGGCAUCAGAAAGUUGCUGUUAUUGUCCGUGAGCAAAAAAGUUGGAAAGAAGUUCUUCUGGAACAGUGGUGAAACCAGGAACUUUAACAGCGCCAAGGCUCUGUGUGCCCAGCUCCAGGCCUCCAUGGCCACCCCACUGAAUGCUGAAGAGAAUGAAGCCAUCCAGAGUCUGGUCAAAGACUCUGCCUUUCUAGGCAUGACAGACAAGGAGAACGAAGGCCAGUUUGUGGACACCACAGGAAGGAGAGUGACCUACGAAAACUGGAACAGGGGAGAGCCCAACAAUGCUGGCAGCGGGGAACACUGUGUGCAGAUGCUACAGGACGGCACAUGGAAUGAUGCCUAUUGCUCCUCCGCCUUUCUGACAGUCUGUGAGUUCUCUGCCUGAGCAACGUGCCCCUCAGUUCCCCCGUGCCCUUGCUGCACCCUGAAGACCUACACUCUGCUCUGAAGAUGAAGACAGCAGUUUCCCCAUACCUAGUACUGAGUUGCUACUUUUGUGGAGCAUUGGAGAAGAUGAGAAGAGAUUGAAUGAUGAGAUGCGGGGGAUAGAAAUGAGAAGAGACUGGUAAUGGUGCAACAUAGAUUUCUGGUUCAGCCCAAAUCACUAACAACAAUGAAACAACAACAAUCAUGGUGAUACUAUCGGCAUGAAGCAGCAUGGUAAUAUUAAUAAUAUAUUUUAAAUGUUUACUUUGAGCUAGAUGCUACAUUUUUGUAUCUUGCAAUAAUUAUCUAAUUUAAUUAAACUAUGACACUUUUGUGUGAGUGUUUACUUUUUAAGGUACAAAAAUAAAAUGAGUUCAUUUUUCUAUUUACUACAA